GUUUCUGUCAACGGUUUACGAGUGGAAGUUAAUGAUAUGAUCUUGCAAGCCACAGCACUGUGCCCGGAUGGAACACUCAUACCAUCAAAAAGCUUGGUACGACUGCAAUUUGCUCCCAGAAACCCCUACACACAUGCGGCAUUGAAUUUCACUUCAAAGAUCGAUGUACAGUACAAGAUACAAAGGAGACAACUACGAUCAGCCCACCAGGAUGAGCAUUUCUGUCAGGCCCAGCUAAAAUAUCUGAAGGAAAUGGCAAUUCGCCUAAAGGGAAAACUUGCUUUAUUGUUUUGCGACGAUAAAGCAAAGGUUCCCUCCCUUUGGGGAACCAGGAUUGGCUGUGUCAACCGGAGUGAGGGGUAAAGCCAGCAUCGCUUCCACAUCAACUACUCUAACUGCAAUGGAUCAUGACAUGACCAAGGGGUCAUUGACCCCAUCAGUGACUCUGAACUGUACCAUUCCUGAAAGCGUUGAUAAGUCAUUCGUGCGGGGUGUGGUGACGACCAUUGUCAAUGACAGCGUGUUUCAGGCUUCGUCACCAUUUAGACACGCUGCUUCACAGAUCAAAAUUCUUCAGAAGGCAGACGCCCCCAAAAUUCUGAUGAAAUUCACAGAUGGCGGAACCGACCAAAGAAACAACUUGGAGUGUGAAGUGCGCACAAAUGUGUCUGUUUAAAGAGUUGGACCUGGACCUUCUGGUCCUGGCCAGAUGUGCGCCGGGUCAAAGCUGGACUAACCCAGCAGAGCGUGUUAUAAGUAUCCUGAAAUUGGGGCUUCAAAAUGUGUCUUUAGAACGUCAACCAGCCAGCAAAGAAGUUGAGGCCAAGCUGAAGUCCUGCAAUUCCACGAAUGGCAUUCGGCAGGUAGCUGAAGGAAAAGACGACAUCAAAGCGGGAUGGGCAGAGUCAAUCGAGCCAGUACAGUCAGUUGUUCGCAACAGGUUCAGUCGUCUGAAGUUGAAGGACGAUCCUUUCCAAGUAAUGGAUCUGGUUUCAGAUCUUGAAAUAGAUGUCUUGAAACGCCAUCUUCGUGAACUCUUUCCAGACCUAAACGUAGACCGACUGCAGAAAACACAUACACAGAAGAUCAAAUCUUACAAUGAGUGGCUGACCGCACACUGCCGUUCUCGCCACUACAGUUUCCAAAUAAGGAAAUGUGGCGACAGAAACUGCUGUUUGGCACCUCAAUCUCCACCGGAGGAUCUUCAGUGGCUCCCCGAUCCAGUUCUUGAUCCUGACGACAGACUACACUACAAGCGGUACGACACCGAAAAAGACACAGAAACUACAGAAGAAGACCGGCCAUCACUGAAAAUACCUGCGAAGGGCAAAAAAGCACAAAGAGCUCCUACAGUGGUGCCUGCUCCAGAAGUGCCUGAAAGAGACACUGCACAUGUUCCGGAAGGGACAAGUACCAUUGAAGAGACAGUACCGGAUUCUACGUCGCGAAUUAUUGAAGCUCCAUUUAUGUCCUCUGACAAGUGCUCUGUGCAGACAGCGCGGCUCCUUGUGAGCUGCGUUGAAUGUGAGAAACCAAGUGAUAUAUUGCAAGAAUAGUCUUUUAUACAGACAGAGAGUCUCACUCGUUACCAGCAUGAGUCAGUUUGACUACACAUGUGGUGCUGCUCUCCUGCCACCAACAAACUCCCUCUUUCAGAAAGUGAUGACUAGAGGAUCACUUGCAUGUGCAUCGCCACUUGAGAUACCCUAUUAUGGCAGUGGGCUCAGUCAAGCAGACAUGUGCUGCCACUGUGGUGUUCUGGAAGGAAUCGUGGACCAAGAUCUGAGGUGGAAAUAUAAGACUGUAUUGCCAACUUGUGAAAGCUGUCGACACGAGGGGAAAAAUGUCAUUGUACAGCGACCAUAUGGCAAAUAGAGCUGCAAUGUCAAAUUCAUGUAGAUGAAAUCCAUGUCCCAUGGUGUUAUCUUGUGUGGACAUGUGGCACAAAGCAGUGGGUUGACGGUGAUAUCUGUCCACAAUAGAAACCGUCUGGAUACGAGGGUUUUAUCUCUUGUGCAUCUCCGAGGGAGAAAACUCAGGGAUAUAUUGCAAUUUCAUACAGGGUGUAUGUACUAUACGAUUUUGUGAGUUUGCAUAGACAGUUGAGGCCAACAAUAAGAACAAGAGUUGAAUGCAGUAGCUGCAUAGUUCAGACUUUCAGAGUUUCAGACUUUACUUCAAAUAUGAUGUGGUAAUAUAUAAAUAUUCAAGUUACAAAGCCUACAGUAAUUGUGAAUUUUACGAAGGUGUGUAUGUAUUAAUUUUAAUAUACGUGUUUGCAAGUUUACAGAGACAGUUGAGACAAACUGUAUUUCAAUGUCAGGAUUGAUCCAACUUGAUUUCAUAGAGACACCAAGUAUAUAUUGACAUUUGAUAUAUAUACAGAAGUUUUCAGAGACAGUUGAUACUAUCAGUAAGAGUUGAAAACAGCAGCUACAUGGUUCAGACAUUAUUCUAUAAACAUCAAUUCUGAUGUGGUUUUUCAAGUUUAUAAUAUGAAGCCCACAGUAUUUGUGUAGGAGUUUAUAUCAUAUUUGUUGCAAUAUCAAGAUCACCUAGCCUUGAGGAGUGGGAUAGAGACUUUUCAAGAAUUACAGUACUUCUAUAAAUAUAGUUUCAUGUAGAUGUUUGGCAUAUGCCUGUAUGUGUGAUUGUGCGUGUAUGUGUGUACGUGCGUGUUUGCAUGCGAGUUUAUGUGUGUGUACGUGCAUCUUUUGUUAGUAUAAAUAUAUAAUCUGGUCACUUUCUAUAAUCUAGUCAUUCUGCUUAUGUCGAUGCUUUAUUAAAUAUGUGCCGUACAUGUGUGUGUGUGCAUAUGUGAACAGUAAAUAAGAGUGUGUAUACAGAAAGUAGGUGCGCGUGUGGGCAAGUGUGUGAGAGUGCGUGUGUAUUUGUGAAAUGGAUUUAUGCGAGAGCAUCAGUAGUUGUCUUUAUUUUAAUAGCUGCAGUACUAUUCAUGUCACAUUGCACUGACAGAUGUUGUUUGUUUAAUACCUAAAAUGUAUGUAACCGCGGGUGGCCAUCACAAUCAGAAUCAUUUAAUAGCUCGGUCGCCCGGUCAUAGUUCGGGAGAGUAAGCUCUCCCCAUGUGAUUUUGUAUGGCUCAUAGAGGGUCCAUGAUUGUAAAUAAAGAUUCUUCUUCUUCUUCUA